UGAGAGCUAGAGAUUGUGCGUGAAGAGGUAGGAGAAUCCCAGAGCAGGAGGGGAACUGGAAGGAGUGGAAAGCCCCAGAGAAACCUCCACGCAUCCCCUCCGUCCCCUGGCUUCGCCGCCGUAGCCACCCCCUCCCUGAGCCAUGAGCGCCACUGGACAGAAGGCUGGAAGGAGUGAUGGCAACAGAAAUCGGAGGGAGCAGGAAACUGAGCUACGGGACAGAGCCAAGCAGAGCCAGGAGCGGCGGCUCAAACAGGCUACCCAGUUCGUACACAAAGACUCUGCCGACCUCCUCCCAUUGGACAGUCUCAAGAGGCUUGGCACCUCCAAGGAUCCGCAGCCACACAGUGUGAUCCAGCGUCGCCUGAUGGAGGGGAACCUGAACCAGUUUCUGGGGGAGUCCCCCUUGGCUUGGGGCCCAGUUCAGGAAGCCGAUAGUGGUAAGAAGACCAGCAGAAAGGAGACCCCAACUCUUCUUGUUCAUUGCAAGUGCCAGGACCAGGUAUUAAGAGUGGCGGUGGAUACAGGAACCCAGCACAACCAAAUCUCUGCUAGAUGCCUCAGUCGUCUUGGGCUAGGGGAGGGGACCCUAAAAGCCCCAGGUGGGAAAAAGGCUCCUGGUCCCCUGACCCAUGUGGAGCAGCUGGAGCUACAGUUAGGGCAAGAGACUGUGGCAUGCUCAGCUCAAGUGGUUGAUGAUGAGAGUCCUGAAUUUUGCCUGGGACUACAGACCCUGAUAUCUCUUAAGUGCUGUAUUGACCUGGAGCAUGGUGUACUACGGCUGAAAUCCCCAUGCCCAGAACUACCAUUCCUGCCUUUCCAUCAGGAGCCUGGCCAGUGACAACCACCACAGUCUAUCCCCGGGAGAAAACGCAAUGCCUUAGGAAAGAGUCAUGGGCAGUGGGAAUGCUGCCUACCACCCAGACCCUUGUUCACAUGUUCCAUCUGCCCGUGUGUAUUCUUCUUUGUUCUUUCACCAACUUAUACAAGAAGGGUCACACCCUAAAUAGAUUGGAGGAGCAAGGAAGUAAAACCAUUAGCAAUUAUGGAUUGGGAAAGAAUUCAUGACCAAACAAGGGCUAGAGAGAAUUACAGAAGAUAAAAUGGACAGUCCUGAUUAUAAAAGCUGAAAAUUUUUUAUACAAAUAAAAAAGGAAAAUAUUA